GAUAGUGGAUCUGUUUGAAAAAAUAAUAACAAAAAUAUCAAUUUAUUAGUACAAUAAAGUGUUUUAAGAGUCUUUUAACAUGUCUAAAACCAGCGCAGCACGUUGGGUAAAGUUUUUCAAUGCCGGGGGCAUACCGUCGCCCGCAGCUGCAAGCUAUGCACAUAUAUUUGUGGAAAACCGUAUACAAGAGGAUAUGCUGCUUGAUCUAAACAAGGAAUACUUGCGUGAGAUGGGUAUAACGCUUAUGGGGGAUAUAAUAGCUAUUCUGCGCCAUGCCAAGCAGGUGUAUGAGCGGAACGCAUUGGACAAGGUAUUACCACCAGAAGCACCCAAGCAUAAGAACAAGCCGGCAGUCGCUUCUCCAAGUGCAACACCGACAGCGUCAAAAUCAUCACCACCAACAAAACCAGCACGUCGCGUGCUGCCUGAACAUGAAGGCAAAUAUAAAGUCACUUUGCCUGCAGGCACCACAGAGCGUAGCAAACAGAUUUUGGCCAAACGGGAACAAUUGUACUCGGAUCGCGUAAGCAGCUCUAAGAAAAAUGAUGUUUUUACCAGACUACACAAACACAAGUCGGAUGAUGAAGCACAAGAGGGCAUUGUCAGCAGCAGUGGCGAGAGCAAUGUGCGUGUGCAUAUUGGCGUACCAAAGGUAUCAAUAUCCAAAGUGGCAGCCACUUCAAGCAAUAAUUCGGUUUUUGCACGUCUGGGCGGCAAACAAAAUGUUGAAGUUGUCGUCCGCAAGGAGAUUAAAUCGAUUUUAAAGAAUACGCAGAAUACGGGCGUCAAGCGCAAUUCGUCCAUAGUUAAAGCAAAGAAUACAGUGUCGCCGGUGACGCGUUUACCACAACAAAAGGUAAUGCUGGUGACCAAGGUGCCGCUGAAGCGAGGCGAUGAUAGCGAGGAUGAUAGUACGGACGAUAUGCUGGAUGAUGUCGACAAUGAUAUGGACGCACUGUCCAUGAGUGACUACGAUGAUGCGGCGCCUGUAGAAAAAAUUGUUAAAUUUGCGUCCACUGCGGAAGUGCGAGAAAUAGCACCACAUGUGCCAUAUAAGGCGCGUGGCAAUAACAAUUUAGCAAGAAAUAUUAAAUCACGUUUGGGCUUGGUUUCCAAGCUGCAUGCCACACGCAAGACUUACAAUCUCAAGGCAUCACCUCCCAAGAAGCCCACAGCGCGUUUGAGUCCCGUCAAAGGCAAGGCCAUAAGAAUGCGCAGUGAUGAGCUGCUUGCACGCCAGGAUACGUUGCCAGUGCACAAGCGUUUGGGUAACUCAGCUGCAGCAGGCAGCGGCAGUGGCGGUGGCGGCAACAAAACACAAUUCAACAAAUCCCAAUUUUCCCCACGACGCCACUCAAGUGUUAAUGCCGGCAGUCGCGACAAGUCCAGAGUUCAAUCAAACUCUGUAUUUGAUCGUUUGGGAUUUAAUAAUUCACUCUAGACUUUAAAUAAUUAAUUAGGCGUUCUUUUUAGUGCAGUUUAAACCAAGUAAAUAUUUGCAAUGACUCAAUUCAAUAUAUAAAUGUAUUUUAAAUUCAAAAACAGCUGCUGUUAGAUUGUGCCUGUCUAUAUCGUUGUAUGUUGUAUGUUCACAAGUGUUUUGUUUA